GCGCUGGCAGAGGAGAGCCGCUGGAAGCGGUUGACAACGGCAUUUCAGAAGUGCGAGUACGAGGAAAACGACGCCGGGGAGCUCGUCAAGGACGUCCGCACAACGGGGGCUCGAACCUUCCUGCGCGGCCUGCCUGGCGACCUCGGCCUUCGCAACCUGGCGGUGUUCCACGACCUCGUGGCGGCGCUGUCUGGGCGGCAGUCCAGCAGCGCCAACAGCAGUGGCAGCGGCAGCGCCGGUCACCCUGGCGACGUCCGACAGGACAACCUCUUCUCGGGGAAGCUCGUGGCGGCGGCGAGCCAGCAGGAUACGAAACUCCUCCAGGAACUCACAGGCGAGUUGGACCCAGCAGACCAGCCCCGCGAGUUGGUCAAGAAGUCUGAGCAGGGGGGGCCGCUCCGUUCCCUGGGGCCAGACGAGGCUGCCUUCCGCGCUGCCGGGGCGGCCCGCAAGGCCGGCCGCUUCGUGGCCUACCCGGGCAGUCGCCCCUCCGCGUCGUAA